AUGCCCCAUGGGCAGCCGCCCAUACCUCCUCAUUCCCGGCGGCAACAUGAAUUGCAUUACUCACCGGGACCUUCGAACAUGCGGUCUCCUCCGGCGUACAUGAAUUACCAUCCCCCUCCCGUCAAUGGCCAUAUCCCUCCUGUUUACGCGCCACAUUAUCCACCACCAUGGUACAACGGCUAUCCGCAAAUGCACCCACCACCACCUGGCGUCCCUAUGCCUCCAGGACCUCCUCCUCCGCGUCCAUACCAGCAACCUCCAUAUGUCCAUGGCCCAUUGAUAGUCUCAUCCUACCCGCACUCACAGCCGGUUCCAGCGCCUAUGCACGUUCCUUCAAACGUAUUUCCUCGACCACCGUCAGCAGUAUCGACGCCUAUUCCGCCAACCAUGUCCCCUCCUCCUAUUAGUGAACAGCAGAUGCUGAUCGAUGGCCAUGAACGGCCUCCAUCGUCUGUACAAUCAGUAUUGUCGACACCCAGCGCUGUGACAUCUUCCCCUGCUCCUGUCGCAGAGCUACCAAAGGGCGGCCUGCUACCACGGGUACCUUUCCGUGCACCUCUUCCUUGGCUUUCUGUGCCAGAACAGCCCUUUCCUAGACGUGCUCCACACAAGCGUCGUACUGGGCGCUCUUUACAGGCUUCUACUAUUUCUGUUGAACUACCCAUCAAGGAAACGUACAAAAAAGAUUCAGCUCAUGUUGAUGAGAAGCAAACAUCUACACAAGGCGACAGCGUCUCGGAGCCACAAACUCCUACGACAUCUCAGGCGCCAUCAGAGUCUGAUUCUACUCACCCUACCACGCCGUCUUCCACUGCACCGGGUCAUUUAGCAUCUCGUUCUCGAGACCAAACACAGACCCCAAAGCAGACGAUAGUACCUGUGGUGCCGAUACUCCCCCAGGCACCGGUCACGCCAAAGCAGACCGUGCCCACCGAAGACCAUCAACAAAAGGAUUCUUCAGAGGUUACAGGUAAAGCUGGUAACCCAGAGUCUUCCGAACAACCCACAAUCACUGCUCCUGCGGCUCCAAAGUCAUGGGCCGAUUUGGUUCGGUCGAAGACGUCUCGUGCUGCUGUUACUACGCCAGCUGCCAUUUCUGAAAAUGGAAGUCUGCAAGCUCCUCGAAGUGAGUCGCUUGGGGAUGUUUUGACUAGUCUCGGCCCGAAUGUGCAUAAGUUUGGCGAGAAGAUCGCAUUCUUGGAACCUAGGGGCCUCGUGAAUACGGGGAACAUGUGCUAUAUGAAUUCAGUACUACAGAUUUUGGCAUUUUGUGUGCCCUUCUACCAAUUCCUCGAUCACAUUGGCCACCGCGCUACUCACAGCUUCAAGAGUGACGUGCCUCUGAUUGAUGCAACUAUUAUGUUUAUGAGGGAAUUCCGGGUGAUCGAUGCUGCAAAGUCAGAAGAUCAAUUGCGCAUGCGACUAAAACACAAGGAGUUGGAAGAAUAUGGAGACGCGUUCAUCCCGGAAUACGUAUAUGACGUGAUUCGACAGCUUCCGCGCUUCCGUGACAUGAGGCGAGGUCACCAACAAGACGCACAAGAGUUUCUUGGUUUCUUUUUAGAAGAACUCCACGAGGAAUGUGCCCAUGCUUUGCAAAGUGGCGCGCCUCAAAGUAGUGCAGCUCCUUCUGAAAAUUCUUCAGAGGCUGAUGGAUGGCUUGAAGUUGGCCAUAAACAAAAAUCCGCGAUCACUCGAUCAUCUGGCGACGUCGAGUUCGAGUCACCAAUCACUAAGAUCUUUGGAGGAAAGAUUCGCUCCGAGUUCAAAGUUCCUGGAAAUAAGAACUCGGUGACAUUGGAGCCUUACCAGCCUCUACAACUGGACAUUGGAUCACCCGAAGUCAGUAACAUCAUUGAUGCUUUGAAAGGUCUUACUAAGCCUGAGACUAUUCAUGGCGAUUUCAGUUCCCCAAGGGGUCCCAAGGUUGCUGCUACCAAGCAGGUUUUCAUUGAGACCCUUCCUCCUGUACUUAUUCUCCACCUGAAGCGGUUCCAGUACGAUAGUGUCACACAUGGCACGCAGAAGAUCUGGAAGAAAGUCGGAUAUCCGCUGGAAUUGGAAAUACCCCGUGAAGUUUUCCCUCCUCAUCGACGCAACGCGAUGGCAGUUCAUGGUGGGCUCCCACACUAUCGGCUGAUUGGUGUCAUCUACCAUCAUGGAAAGAAUGCUAGUGGCGGCCACUAUACAGUGGAUGUGAGACGCCAGGAUGGUCGCGAGUGGAUCAGGAUGGAUGAUACUGUUAUUCGUCGAGUACGCAGCGAGGAUGUGGCUGAAGCAGGGAGCGAGGAGGAUCCCAAAGUACUCGCUUCCGCCUUGGAACAGCACAAGCGGGACAAUAAUCCGAAUCUAUAUGAACAAAUUGAUCAAAGCAACCAGGUUAAUGAUGAAAGCGGAUGGAGCCAAGUUAACGGACCCGGCCCCAACGGCCAUACGAGCAAGAAGUCCGCCAGUGGUGUUGUCAACGGUAUUUCAUCACCUGCGGCUUCCAACUCCCCUGGGACCAGGACGCCUAUUGGACGAUAUGGCACUCGCGACAACAAGGUUGCGUAUCUUCUGUUUUACCAACGGAUUUCUUUACCUUGAAACAUUCUUCUUGCCAAACGCAAUGUGUUCCGUACCUCUUCAGCUUGGUCGACCAUGGGAUACAUGCAUAUUUUAGGUGGCGUUCAGAGGAAGCUUUACUGCGUUGAUUAACGUGCAUGACGAUUCUGGCAGGUUAGUCCUUGUCCGCCUUUCAAUACGCCGGUGAUUGUACAUAAGGCAUAGAUGGGCACUUUCGAUACUUUUCCUUUGUCUUUCGACGACACUAGCUAUCAUUUUCGAGGCUAGUUGUUGUCUACGAGGCUAUGACAUUCAUACAUAAUAAUACCAUACUCCAGGGAUAGCCAUACGCUAGUUCUAGAGCGGUUUGGGUCAGUGGGGGUGCUCACUUGGUCUUUAUUUCAUUCUUACUUGAUUUCCGCGAUAGCUGCUACGAUAUUCGCUUUGCAGGCCAUGUCGAUACGACUGAACGACGACGUGCUUAUCCUUGACGACCGAUGCACGUAGCGUCUAUGUCAUUUUUGAUGUUUCCCUUUCCCAUUUAGUGCGGUCUGUUAGAGCUUGCAUCUUUCUGUGGCUAUGUCCAGACCAAGAUAUACCCUUUUAUCUACACAUUACAUUCCCACAUAUCCAUGUUUACUUGUCAAUUUUCUAUUCACGAUCUUCUGCCUUUGUUGCCCCCCUUUUUCACGAUUCCUUAUUGUGUAUUGACUUGAGCGGGCAAGGUAUUGAGGCGGAAUUUACACAUACUUAUUGACUUCGAUACGACCGAAGACUAGAUGUUGAAGAGUUAGGUGAGGGAAGAGAUAUUUGCGUUUUUCGGAAUUCAUCUCUUCCUUUGUGAAGAAUGGUGGUUGCAGUCUGAUUUUUGUUGCGCUUCUGUUUCUCUCGUGACCUUGUCCCUGUACCUCAUGGUUACCGGUCAAGGUUAUCCUUCCAUUCUUCAAAAGUACAUCCCCAGACAGUACGCUUGAUUAUCCUUGAUUGUUUGGCAUGUCAGCUAUCUCUGAAGUGUUUAAUUUCAAUGGGGAAACAUGCACUGCGAAUAUCAGAUUCUGCAUGUCUUCUGUCUUUCCCCUGUGUAUGGAAUCAUAUCACAAUCAAUGUAAUUAGCUUGAUAGUGAAUCAAAAAAAAAAGU